GGCUGGCUGGGUAAUUUCAUCCUCUCCUUCUUGUUAAGGCAAAUGGCAAACGCACAAACUUGACACUAUUUCAGAUAUUCACUCUCUAACAUCAAUGUCCUCCAUUUUGGAGUCUCUAAUUGCAAAGGCUCGUUAUCUGUUAAGUAAUUUGUGUCGCAACCUAUUUUUUUUUUUUUUUUAAACUCGUUACAAACUCAUUAAUUUCCAAACUUUUAAACUGUGGUCAGGUUCAUUUUCUGCGUGACUAUUAAUUUGCAAACACGGCGUACACCUCAGCACAGUUAAGUGUUGACUUUCUCAGCUUUGCUGUGGUCUCCGGUUACACAUGCUGAGAAGGAUAGCUGCCGUGUGUGUGCGUGCGUGACAUGUCGAAGGAACACACGAGGGUUGUACAUGGACGUGAAAGUGUCUCGGCGUUUCCAGUUUGCAACACAUGUGAAAUUCAUCCCACGCAGAUGGAGAAGCAGCUGCUGGAUCACGAGGGCUUGAAUGGGGAGAUGUGGUGCUACCAAAAACCGGGGUUUGAAGCCCUCCUCAUCGCUGAGCUGCAGAAACAGCAACAGUGCAGCCAGUUCUGUGACACUCUGCUCAAGACAGAAGGCAUAUCCGUACCAGCACACAGUUGCGUUCUCUCAGCUGUCAGCCCCCACAUCUCCUCCGCUCUGUCCUCCGCGCCCCCGCCCCCUGCAGGACAGAGUCGACUCUUGGAGUUUCGGGCUCUCGGCGCCUGCACCCUGCUCCACAUGGUCAGACUGCUGUACUGUGGGGAGAUGGCAGGAGAGGGGGAGAACGAAAAGCAAGAGGCUAUUUCUGCUGCAGCCAAGCUGGGCAUCCAUGGGCUUGUGGAGGUCACAAAAAGAGAUCGUAAGAGCAGAAAAGAGGAAGGAGAAGGCUGCCAUACGGAGGUAGGUGUGCAGACGGAGCCACUGAUGCCUGAAGAGAAUGAAGGGAGACGGAGCAGGUGGAGGAGAGACGUGAGGGAUGGGAGCACCUUCCUGUGGAAAGAGACACUGUCAGAUGGUGAAAAAGAAACAUGGACUCAGACAGAGGAGCAGCAGGUAAACACGGGUCCCCCUUCUCACCCAGCAGCCUCCUUUGAGACCAUUGAUAUGGCUGCUCUCCAGAGUUUUGGAAUGACGGGCUCCCAUCUUGUUCCCCCUGAAAUUCCCUACAUUCCCAUAUCCCUCGUCUACCCACCAGAUGAAAACCAAACACACCAACCCCUAUCUGCUUUCGUAGACUCUAUGCAAGAAUCCACAGCAGCUGAACACACAUCAGUUCCUGUUGUGGCGCCGCCGCAUGCCUUUGUCCCCCCACCCCUCCUUCCUUUUACCAGCCAAGCGACCUCGUGUGGUGCUGCCUCUCAGAGCUGGUGGGCUGCCCCUAAGGGAGCUUCCAGAAAUGUUGCAGCAGCGGAAGACUGGGAGGAUGAGCAGUUAGAGCAGUUUCAAGGCAACAUCCCAGGAUACAUCAGCUACUUCCUGAAACCGGACAAGGAGGAGGGCUCCCGCAGGGGGCGAGCAAGGAGUAGGCGGGGAGCAGGGGUGGGAGGCUGCAGAAAUUGUUCCUGCAGAGGUGGGGGCUGA